ACUUCUUGGACGGGGCAUGUCGUUGACAGGCACCAAUCUCUCUCAUAAAUCAUACCACUGCGUUGCUACCGAACGAAGCCAGAGGCCACACGUACAAAAAGAGAGAAAAGCUUCACGUCUGUCACAUAAACGCAAAAACAGAGAUGGCAGGGCGGAGGUUGCUGGUCGGAGUUCAAAUGAUCUUCGCCAUGUCCUUCCUCCUCUUCCACCGGAGUUGUCCGGCCCCAGCCUCACCAACACUACCAGCCGGCAGCCUCUGCAUUCCCCUCGAGCGGGACGUGCUUCUCGACUUCAAGGCCGGCCUCACCGACCCCGGCAACGUCCUGUCGUCAUGGCGAGGUGCGGACUGCUGCCAGUGGACGGGUGUUGUUUGCAGCAACCGGACCACCGGCGGCCACGUCGUCACCCUCCAAAUCAGCGGUCUCUACGACAGUCAAGCCGUAGGAGGCGAGAUACGCUCCUCCUUGCUCACUCUGCGACAUCUCAAGAUGUUGGACCUCUCAUUGAACGACUUCGGCGGCCAACCUAUCCCGGAGUUCAUAGGUGCGCUCCGGAGUCUCACGCAUCUAGACCUCUCUUACUCCGAUUUCAGCGGUCAGAUUCCUCCGCACCUCGGCAACCUCUCCAAUCUGCUCAACCUUCAGCUCAGCAAUAUGGCCGACUUGUACUCGCCUGAUCUAGCAUGGUUGUCGCGCUUGAAGAAGCUGCAGGUGCUUGGCAUGUCUGAGGUGGACCUCAGCACUGCCGUUGACUGGGUUCAUGCUCUCAACAUGCUCCCUGAUCUGAUAAACGUUGAUUUAGAUUCUUGUGGGCUCCGAAACAGUACUAUUGCUUCACCCGUGCAUUCCAACCUCACGUCGCUGGAGACCCUAGACCUCAGUUUUAACCCCUUCAACACGUCUAUUGGAGCCAACAAUUUUAUUUUGGCUCUGACUAGCCUUGAGGAGCUCUCUCUGCUGAGCUGUGGAAUCCAUGGUCCUGUCCAUGAUGCAUUGGGAAACCUGACCUCCCUUCGGAAACUGAGUCUUCAAGAAAACCUCUUUGUUGGCAAGGUGCCAUCAACCUUCAAGAAACUGGAAAAACUACAAGUGUUCGAACUAUCCAACAACUUCAUCAGCAUGGACGUCAUAGAGCUACUGCAUCUGUUGCCACCGGACGAAUUGCUUAAGCUGCGUUUCGACAACAACAAGUUGACAGGGAGCUUACCAGCUUGGAUAGGGCAGUUUAGCAGCUUGACCAUAAUUAAGCUCAACCACAACGAGCUUUCUGGAGAGAUACCGAUUGGUAUACGAGAACUGACAAAUUUGAGAGACUUAUGGCUGAAUUCAAACAACCUACAUGGUACAAUCAAUGAGGACCAUUUCACAAAUCUGACCACCUUACAAGUCCUCCUGAUCUCAGAUAAUUCCUUAACCGUGAAGGUAAGCCAUACAUGGAACACUCCAUUCAGCUUAUAUUCAGCAAGCUUUAGCUCUUGCAUUCUAGGUCCCCAAUUUCCAGCUUGGCUUAUCCAACCAACAAUUGAAACUCUUGAUAUUUCCAACACAAGCAUACAUGACAUCAUUCCUGCUGAGUUUUGGACUUCUAGUUACCAUGCGACAUAUUUGGAUUUGUCAAGAAAUCGGCUCGUUGGCAUGCUUCCCACAUUUUUUCAAUUUGCUGGCUUGGAUGUUUUGGAUAUCAGUUCUAACCAGUUUUCUGGUCCAAUUCCAAUACUUCCACAGAAUAUAAGCUACCUGGACCUCUCUGAAAAUAAUCUAUCAGGUCCAUUGCAUUCACAUAUUGGAGCAUCCAUGCUAGAAGUACUCCUUCUCUUCAGCAAUUCCAUUUCUGGAACUAUUCCUUGCUCCUUGCUUCAGUUGCCACGAUUAAUAUUUCUAGACCUAUCAAAAAACCAACUAAGUGGGACAUUGCCCAAUUGUCCUCAAGGAAACAAAACCUCAAAGAUUACCAUGCUUAACUUGAAUAGCAACAGUCUUUCAGGAGCAUUCCCUUUGUUUCUUCAAAAGUGCACAAAACUGCAAUUUCUUGAUCUUGGAUACAAUAAAUUUUCUGGGAGCUUACCAACAUGGAUCGGGUCAAAGUUACCACAGUUGGCACUUUUGCGAUUGCGCUCAAACAUGUACUCUGGUGAUAUUCCUGGUCAACUAACCAGGAUGGAGUGGCUUCAGUAUCUAGACAUUGCAUGCAACAACAUCUCAGGGAGCAUACCACAAUCACUUGGGAAUCUUAUGGCUAUGACUCUUACUCCCAGUAAUACCGGUGGCCUUUCCCAAAUCGUUAACUUUGCAUGGCCCUCUCUCGACAUGUACUUUCAUGCUUACACUGAUAGUUUCGUGGUGGACACAAAAGGUCAACAGCUUGAAUAUACCACAGGAAUCACAUACAUGGUAUUCAUUGAUUUUUCUUGCAACAAUUUAACAGGACAGAUUCCUCAAGAAAUUGGCAUGCUUGUUGCAUUGAAGAAUUUAAACUUGUCUUGGAAUGGUCUGAGCAACAUGAUGCCCCCAAGUGUUGGUGAGCUAUCGGCAUUGGAAUCUUUUGACCUUUCACAUAAUCAGCUCUCCGGUGAAAUCCCUACAAGUUUAUCAGCUCUAACAUCAUUGACCCACUUGAACUUGUCAUAUAACAAUCUGACAGGAACGAUACCAUCUGGGAACCAAUUAAGAACUCUACAGGACCAAGCAUCCAUCUACAUUGGCAACGUAGGUCUAUGUGGUCCACCUCUUACAAAAAGUUGUUUAGGAAUUGGCAUAACACCACUCUCCCAAGAAGAGCAUGAAGGCAUGAGUGAUGUGGUUUCGUUUUACCUUGGCAUGUUCAUAGGAUUUGUGGUAGGUCUUUGGAUAGCCUUUUGUGGCUUCUUAUUCAUGAGGAGAUGGAGGGCUGGCUGUUUCUCAUUUUCUGACCACAUCUAUGACUGGUUUACAUGCAAAUGACAUUGGGUUAGGCUUCACUGGCAAGAAAAAUCUGUCGAUGAUGAGAUUACACUGGAGCUUCUAUUGGUACCUAUGUUAUGAGUAUAGUAUCGAUACUGCUUUAUGUGUGUAAUAUUUUUCUUUAGUGUGUAAGUUAGUGUGGUCAAUUGUGGCAGCUAAUAUCUUUGUAUUGUUUGUAAAGUGUGUGUAACUAUUGCUUGAUUUAGAUAUAUGGUUGGCCAAAAGGCUAAAACUGUAAACGCCUGAACAAUUUGAAGUGCAGAAAAUUGCAUUUCGGUGAGACAUAAACCAAACCAUUGUUGGUCCAAUCGUAUAUGUAUGUAUUGCCCGAA